CCAAAAAAAAAUUAUAGACGUCUCUUUUCAUCUUUAACAUCUUCACGUGAUCAGGGUAUGAGAAGACACAUAAAAAUGGAGAAAAGCUUGUUAGUAAAAGAGAGAGAAGAUCGGAAGAGAGAGGGUUGUUUAGGCGUAUCAUGGGAUGCGUUUGCUCAAGAGGCGAAAAGGAUGGGUUACUUAGCAGGGCCUCUGGUGGCCGUGAAUUUAUCGCAAUAUUUUUUGCAGAUUAUUUCAAUUAUGAUGGUUGGUCACCUUGGCGAGCUCUGUCUCUCUAGCACUGCCGUUGCCAUCUCUCUCGCUGCCGUCUCUGGCUUCAGUCCUGUUUUUGGAAUGUCAAGUGCACUGGAAACUAUAUGUGGGCAAGCUUAUGGAGCUCGACAAUAUAAAAAACUAGGAAAUCAAACUUACACUGCUAUUUUCUCUCUAUUUUUGGUUUGUCUCCCUCUGUCUCUUUUGUGGAUUUGUAUGGGAAAAAUACUAGUCUUCAUGGGCCAAGACCCUUUAAUUUCACAUGAAGCUGGAAAAUUCAUAAUGUGGCUCAUUCCUGCUCUCUUUGCUUAUGCAACUCUUCAAGCUCUUGUUCGAUACUUUCAGACGCAAAGCUUGAUAAUUCCUAUGCUAGUAAGCUCUUGUGUCACUCUUUGUUUCCAUGUACCUCUCUGUUGGGUUUUGGUAUUCAGGUCUAGACUAGAACAUCUUGGAGGAUCGGUAGCUAUUGGUAUGUCAUAUUGGUUGAAUGUAAUUCUACUCGGAUUGUACAUGAAGUACAGUAGUGCCUGUGAAAAAACCAGGGUCCCAAUUUCAAUGCAGAUGUUCAAAGGAAUUGGAGAGUUCUUCCGUUUUGCCAUCCCUUCUGCUGUAAUGAUUUGCCUUGAAUGGUGGUCAUUUGAGCUGCUUAUCCUACUGUCUGGGUUUUUACCAAAUCCAAAGCUGGAAACAUCAGUCCUGUCUGUGUGUUUGGCAACCAUCUCAACACUCUAUAUGAUACCAGAUGGACUAGGGGCAGCAGCAAGCACUAGAGUUUCAAAUGAAAUAGGAGCUGGGAAUCCACAAGCAGCACGCCUAGCUGUCACUGUUGUGAUGCUUAUUACAGUCACAGAGGCACUCAUGGUAAGCUCGGUCCUUUAUGCCAGCCGCCAUGCCUUUGGUUACGUUUUCAGCAAUGAGAAGGAGGUUGUAGAUUAUGUCACAGCCAUGGCUCCUCUGGUAUGUCUGUCGGUUAUACUGGACGACUUACAUGGAGUCCUUUCAGGUAUUGCUAGGGGAUGUGGGUGGCAGGACCUGGGUGCUUAUGUCAACCUAGGGGCAUACUAUCUCUGUGGACUUCCAGUUGGAGUUCUAUUGGGUUUCUGGGUGCAGUUGAGAGGAAAAGGCCUUUGGAUUGGAACACUAGUUGGAGCUUUUGUGCAAGCAUUUCUCCUCUUUGUCAUAACAAGUUGUACAGACUGGGGAAAACAGGCAAGCAAGGCAAGGGAGAGAAUAUUUGAGGGGAAAUCUUCAGCAGAAAAUAGAUUAAUACAACCCACUUUUAUGAGCUAAAUUAUCUUAUGUCAUAGUUAUAAGCUGAAACCAUUUUUCAAAAACUAAUGAAAUCAGAAGAUUCUUACUCAUUUCAUUGACACCUACACUUCUGUAAUUUGCUCUCAAGGUUUUGCAUAAAGCGUCUGCCAUUUUGGCUUGUGUUUGUGUAGGAGAGAAUGGAAGAUGUAUAAUAGCAAGCCAAAUUGCCAUCACCAUAUGAGGGUUGUCAUGGCAGCAAAGAUUAAACAACAUGACGAUGAGCCAUAUCUUUCUUAUUGUCUGUUUUAUUUUUGUUAUUAUUUGUAUAAAAUAGAGAGAUCAAUUUUACUC